GGUUGAUGAUAUUUGUCAUCUUCUGAACUUUUCAGAGGCCUUGAUUGUCCACUGAUCCUUUCUUCCUAGCACCCAACUCAGUUUCUUCCCAUUGCUUUUAUAGCUCGUAAAUUAUGUGUAUGAUCUCCGCAUAUCUGAUUAUCCUCUCUUCUCUUUGCUGACUAGCAGCCUGUAGUAUGAGAUCCAAAGGGACCAAAAAUUCUGAAGGAGAGGGGAGGUAGAGGGAAAGGAGCCUUAAGUUUUGCAGAAAGGUAGAAUAUCCAUUAAAGAGUGUGUGGGUAAAGGAAAUGAGGGUCCUUCUAAUGCUGAGGGUCUAACGUUGCCUUCAUGUUUUCUCUGUGCCUUUUUAUGUGUUAAAUUCAUUACAAAGGUGCCAUGAGUAUAAGCUCUGCUGUACUUAGUCUGUUAGGUGCACUUUGUAGUGAGCUUAUUAAUUCCCUCACCCCCUUUAUCAGCAAAGAGCAACUAUCCAAGUUAAGCAAACAACCUACAGGUAAAUUGACUUCCAGGUUGCUUGUCCCAAGGCUAGAACCUAAUGAGCUCUUUUGCCACUGGGUUGUCUUUGCUGGGCUGUAAACCAUGUAUAUUUACAUCUUGGCAGUGACCCCACCAUAUCCUGAAAUCCUGAUUACACACCUGAAGCCUUGGUGCCUUGGUACAGCCUGGGUUAAUGACUUUGUUUAUACUGAUAAGGUCAAUCCAGAUAAAGAGAGUCCUCCGAGUCUCCUGGCCCUGGCUGGCACCUUCAUUGAGAAAACCUUUCUCUGUGCCACGUGAAGACUCGGGCUUUUCCCCCGACCAAUCGUUUCAGGACUGACUUUGUUUUUCAAUGAGCCACUGGUGCUUGUCAAAGGAAGGUCAAGGCUGUUGAGGAGGGUGAUUUCAUUCACCUUUCAGGGCUGUAUAAGAGGAGUGCAGAAAGAGCAGCCCUAGGAGGAGCUAUAAAGUGACAAAAAGGUGCUCAUCACAGUGAGAAGCCUGCACAAGGACCAGGUUUGGAGCGAAAAGCACCUCUCUGACAAGUUCUGGCCAGCACACCCUGCUCUGACGUGGACAUGGAGUGUGAGAAGUGCACCUGCUACCACAAAGAGAACCAGAAUGCCAUCCUGUAUUCCCUUCUGAGUCAGAAUUUGAGUCACUACAGGGACAGCCAUGGUCCUUCUCAACAGCACUGCUUGUGCCAUAAACGCCGCACUGUCUGCCUCCAGACCCCUCAAGUUACCUGCCAAGCCGCUUCGAAUGUCUUGGUGAAGACCAUCAACUUCAUGAAGAACUUGCCCUCCUUCCAGCUCCUGCCUUGGGAAGACCAGCUCUUGCUGCUCGAAAGCUGUUGGGCUCCCCUUUUCCUUCUGGGGCUAGUCCAGGAGAUGGUCACCUUUGAGGUGAUGGAGACGCCAGCUCCCAGUAUGCUAGAAAGCAUCCUCCUCAAUGGCCAGUGCAAGAGACCGGAGCUGCAGAGAGCGCAGCCCACCCUGGCCAGCGUGCAGCGUCUCCAGUGCUGCUUGAACUCUUUCUGGAGUCUUGACCUGAGCCCUAAAGAGUAUGCCUAUCUAAAAGGAGCCAUUCUUUUCAACCCUGAUGUACCUGGUCUUAAGGCUUCCUCCUACAUCGAGAGCCUCCAGAGAGAAGCUCAAAGAGCACUCCAGGAAGUCUUAGCACUUCUCCAUCUGGAGGAUCAAGGCCGUUUUGCCCGGGUCCUGCUGAUUUCCUCUUCCCUGAAGUCCAUCCCUCCUGCCCUCAUUACUGACCUUUUCUUCCAGCCCAUAAUUGGCAACACAGACAUGCUUGAGCUGCUUUCAGAUAUGCUGCUCAUGAAAUAGUCUCCUUGGCUGCAAGAUCCUCUGGAGGAGGUAGCUUCUGGAGUCAUUCACCGCACACUCAGCUUGGCAUUCAAUCCCAGAAAGCAACAGAGCUCAUCUGUAUCAUGCAGGAGAUGAGAACAGCCUCCUCCCAAUGAUGUGUUUGUAGACAAAGAGGCCACUGGCUGCCAGGCCUCUCUUUGCACAUGCCUCAGAACACUAAAGGACAACUUCCAGCCCGCUCUUACUGAACUACCUGCAAUCAAGCCUACUUAGAGCAGAGGAAAACCGCUCUGCUGGAGCAGCAUUGAAAGUUCUGCCUGGGGUCAUGGCACGUCCCAGGCAUAAUACCCAUUGCCACCCACUGUGUAACAGGGUUACUGACUAAAUGGUUUUUUUUCAA